GAUAAUGCGUAAAUUCGUUCGGAGGAUGGGUGCUGAAUUUCGAUGUCGCAUCAGAGUCGAUCGAUUUAUAUGCUGCCGUUUGAAUUCUUAUUUUUCACUGUGGAAACUAAGCGAUAUCAGAAAACGUUACUUGCAACACCUCAAACUUUUUACGGAUUAACAUCGUAAACAAUGGACGACUCUCCAUUGCAAAAGGUAGAGCUGCAAACGGACGUCUACAUGGUAUGUUUGCAGCAUGCUUUAUCCACGGAAAACUUUGAAGUAAUGGGCCUGCUUAUCGGUAAUUUUGCUUGUGGAGUAGCAAAAAUAUCAGCUGUUAUUAUUUUGCGACGAUUAGAUAAGAAGAAAGACAGAGUAGAGAUUUCAUCAGAGCAAUUACUGAAAGCCGUUGCCGAAGCUGAACGAUUAACCAAAGAAUUAAAUCGACCUAUGCGUGUCCUUGGCUGGUAUCAUUCGCAUCCACAUAUUACAGUUUGCCCCUCACACGUUGAUGUCAGAACUCAAGCUACUUAUCAAACGAUGGAUCACAGCUUUGUAGGCUUAAUAUUCUCAGUAUUUUCAGAAGGCAAAGAAUCGAAAGAACAUGAAAUAUUCUUGAAUUGUUUUCAAUCAGACAAUGGUGAAGCUACAGAGAUACCAUUGGAGAUAGUACAUACUCCAGAUAUUUCAGAUAGAUGUUUAAGAACAAUGACAGAUCUGUCAAAAAUUUUGGUGCAAGAAGAAGAAGAUAUGGCUGAAGCCUGUAAAGAUCAUCCAGAUGUCCUUGCCAGUAUUCACAACAAUGCUGUCAGAACACGUGCAUUGGUUCAUAUAAUAGAUAUCAUUACAAAACCUUUGGUACAAACGUUUGAAAAGAGGAUAGCGUUAAAUAAGUUGCGUACUAUGCAUCUCCGAAGACAAUUACAAGAAUUACAAAAAAUGUGUAAUGGAUAAAAACUUCCAGUCAAUAAUGGUAAACAAAUGUUUUUUCUUAAAUUUCUUAAAUCUACUUUAACAACUUUUUCGUAAUAAAAAUGAGAUUUUAUAUGGAAAAUAAAUAUUUACUGAAUUAAAAUUGACUUUGUAUUUUAAUAAUUAGUAUAUUUUAUAAAUUAGAUAUGUUUGUUUAUUAUACAAAUAUAAUGAGAAUGAAAUAUAUGUACAUAUAGAAUAUGUGUGUUAUGUGUGUUUAUGCACUUGCGUGCAUGCGCGCACGUACAUGAAAUAUGUAUAAAAGUUUUAAAUGUUAUUAAAAAAUUACACUGUAUAUCAAGAGCAACACAAUAUAUUAAGUUUUGUUGUGUACACUUUUUACUGUUUAUUUUCUCAUUUAUUUGGAAUGAUGAAUAAAAGUUUAAUGUCACUAAUAA